CAAACGUUUCGGGUAGCCUUCACAAGCUUCCCACAUUAUUGGACCAAUAAUUCCACGACACUAGCUAGAUACGUUGGCUUACUAGGUACAUUGAUAGCUUUAGGUUGGUUGUUUUUAAGUUAAUCUUCAAGAUUUCCACCAAGGACGUUGCCUCCGAUCAUCACUCUCCCUCGCUUGGUUAAGGGACAUUUUAAGAACAAAGCUAGUCCGUCCCCCUACACUCUCCAGGAGUCCCCAGGUCAACCGCCUCUCCGUACUUUACUGCUGGUUCUGGUCGACUGCAGGAAAACACURGRGCAGAAUGGAACUGAGAGACAUGAAGGAGGAGAGGAACAUGGAGAUUUGAUUUCAUUAAGGAACAUCCCUAAUCGUUGCUCUCUUAGUGGGAGGGGCUUAUCAUCUGGGGAGCCUCAACAACAUCAUGACACUGACAUGAAAGAGAAGAGUCUCUCCAGAUCAGAACACCUCAAGAAACACCAGCAUAGAGGUAUAGGGAAGAAACCUCACCACUGCUGCUCUGACUGUGGGAAGAGUUAUGCUAAACAGGACUUGACUAUUCAUGAGCAAAUUUCACACCGCGAGAGAAACCGUUCCACUGCUCUCAGGUGUAGAAGAGUUUCGCUGCAUCUAAAACUUUAAAAUCUCAUCAGAGAAUUCAUACAUGGGAGAGGCCUUACCCUGCUUUGAUUUGGGAAAUACUUCAAACAAUCAGGAACCCAGACUAAACACAAACACACAGGAGAGAAGCCUUAUAACUGUGAUCAGUGUGGAGAGUUUUGAUCAAUCAGGAGCCCUGACUAGACACCAACGCAUACACACAGGAGAGAAGCCUUAUAGUUGUGAUCAGUGUGGGAAGAGCUUCAAUCAUUCAGGUACCCUGAGUGAACACCAACGCUUACACACAGGAGAGAAGCCUUACAGCUGUGAUCAGUGUGGGAAGAGCUUCAAUCACUCAGGACACCUGACUAUACACAAACGCUUACACACAGGAGAGAAACCUUACAGCUGUGAUCAGUGUGGGAAGMGCUUCAGUCAAUCAGGAGACCUAACAGCACACCAGCGCAUACACACAGGAGAGAGGCCUUAUAGCUGUGAUCAGUGUGGGAAGAGCUUCAGUCAAUCAGUACACCUGACUAUACACCAGCGCAUACACACAGGAGAGAAGCCUUAUAGCUGUCAUCAGUGUGAGAAGAGUUUCAGGAUGUCAGAUCACCUGAUUAAACACCAACGCAUACACACAGGAGAGAAGCCUUAUAGCUGUGAUCAGUGUGGGAAGAGUUUCAAUCAAUCAGGACACCUGACAAUACACCAACGCAUACACACAGGAGAGAAGCCUUAUAGCUGUGGUCAGUGUGGGAAGAGCUUCAAUCGUUCAGGAUACCUGACUACACACCAGCUCACACACCGGAGAGAAACCUUACUCCUGUCUAUGUGGAAAUAGCUUUGCUCAUUCAAGGUCACUGAAAAAACACCAGAAAUCACAAAAAUGUUUUCUUUCAUCUCCCUCCUCUCCGGCAGCGGUUCCAGAUCCCUAAAUAA